AUGUGUGCAGCACUGAAGAAUGAUGGGGCACCCUUUGGUGGGAUCAACAUGAUUUUUGCAGGAGACUUUGCACAGCUGCCCCCAGCCAUGAGUGGAAAUGCACUGUACUCGCACAAAGUUGGACGUGUCAUCCACCGCACCCACAGUCAUGCACACCAGCAGGCAUCCAUUGGCAAGGCAUUGUGGCAUCAAUUCACCACUGUGGUUAUUCUGCGCGAGAACAUGAGACAGCGGUCACAGGGUGCCAAUGAUGCCAAGCUCAGGACAGCUCUAGAGAAUCUGAGAUACAAGUCAUGCACACCUGAGGAUGUCAAGCUUCUGCAGUCACGUGUUGCAGGACGUGGUCCAGGUAGACCCAAGUUGAACCAGCCAUGCUUCCGCAAUGUGUCUAUUAUUACUGCAUGGAACACACACAGAGAUAAAAUCAAUGAACUGGGAUGUGAGAGGUUUGCAAGGCAAAAUGGCCAGCCAUUGACUACAUUUUAUUCUGUGGACAAGCUCUCAGCCAAUGGAGAUGACAAUGCAACCAAAAAGCAGCGCAGACAGACCAUGAACCCUCGAAGGUCCACCAAUAUUCUCAGUGCUGAGCUCCAGGAUUGUCUGUGGAAUUUGUCACACACCCUCACUGACCAUCUGCCAGGCAAAUUGACUCUGUGUGUGGGCAUGCCAGUGAUGAUCAAGAUCAAUGAAGCGACUGAAUGCUGUGUGACCAAUGGAGCAGAGGGUGUGGUUGUUGGCUGGAAGUCCAGACCUAUCAGCGAGGACAAGGAAACCCUUGAAACACUGUUUGUCAAGCUCACUGCUGCGCCUACCACUGUGAAAUUGGAUGGAUUGCCAGAGAAUGUAGUGCCCAUCAGCCACCAGUCACGCAAGAUCAGGUGCAAGAUGCCCAAUGGAAAUUUCCUGUCCAUUUCCCGUGACCAAGUGUCAGUCAUUCCCAACUUUGCCAUGACAGACUUUGGAUCCCAGGGACGUACCCGGCCACAUAAUGUGUGUGAUUUGCAAAAUUGCCGCUCUCACCAGUCAAUCUACACAUGCUUGUCCAGAGGAUCUACAUACAAUGGGACUAUUAUUGUGCAGCCAUUUGACCCAAGAAAGUUGACUGGUGGAAUAUCUGGGAGUCUGCGUCAG